AUGUCUGUACCAGCAUUUUCAGAUAUCGCAAAAUCUUCCAAUGAUUUGCUGAAUAAAGAUUUUUAUCAUCUUUCAGCUGCAGCCCUUGAAGUUAAAAGCAACACCCCCAAUGAUGUUGUGUUCAAAGUCAAUGGCAAGAGCACACAUGAGGGAGCGACCAGUGGAUUGCUCGAAGCCAGAUACUCUGAUAAACCAACUGGCGUUACUCUUACACAAUCCUGGAAUACUAUCAAUGCACUAGACACCAAAAUCGAAAUAACCGACAGUAUAGCGAAGGGACUCAAGGCCGAAAUUCUCGGAUCAUUUUUGCCUGCCACCCAGGCAAAAGGGGCUAAACUAAAUCUUCACUUCAAGCAGCCCGGAUUUCACGGUCGCGCCUUCUUCGACCUACUUAAAGGCCCAACAGCACUUGUUGAUGCUGUUAUUGGACAGGAUGGCUUUCUAGCCGGUGCAUCCGCCGGCUACAACGUUCAGAAGGCGGCAAUUACAAACUACUCUGCCGCAAUUGGAUACGCCGCCCCUCAAUACACUGCAUCUGUUACUGCCACUAAUAACUUGAGAGUUUUCUCCGCCGCCUACUACCACAAGGUUAACUCACAAGUCGAGGCUGGAUCAAAGGCCACCUGGGACUCUGAGAGUGGAUCCCAGGUUGGUCUUGAAGUAGCUGCUAAGUACAGGCUGGAUCCUGUUUCAUUUGCAAAGUUCAAAAUAAAUGACCGUGGUGUAGCAGCCGUGGCUUACAACGUUCUUCUACGACCUGGUGUUACGCUGGGUCUAGGCGCCUCAUUUGAUACUCAAAAGCUUGACCAAGCCACCCACAAAAUUGGUACAUCAUUCACAUUUGAUUCAUAG